GAUCACGCCUACCCCGCGGUUCAGACGCCCUGCAGACGCCCGUCAUACCAGCUUCGCCGCCCCCAUACUUAAGCACCCGCCUGUCCUCUCCAUCACCGCUCAUGACCUCCUUCAACCCCGUGCCCGCCUCCUCCCUCGUCGCCGCGCCCUCCGCCGCCAACGGCGAGGCCUCAGGCUUCCCCAAGAAGCGCAAACGCGGCGCGACGCGCUUGUCCUGCGCGGAGUGUCGAAGAUUAAAGCUACGCUGUGACCGUCAAAUUCCAUGCGGGUCCUGCAUAAAACGAGGCUGCUCCGCGAUCUGCCCGGAUGGCUCUUUGACCACAGGGAAGGGAAACCGUAGAUUUGUUCUUGCCUCAACCCAGGAGUUGCACGAGAAGGUUGCCUCCUUAUCAUCACGAAUACGCGACCUCGAAGAGGGCCUUCGCACAUCACAUGCUCAGCAAUCUCAAGAACCCCAUCCGUUACUCGCCGAAGACUUACUCUCGAUUAAAGCACCGAUUCAGCGCGAAGGCCUCGCGCAGCUCGUCGCGGGGAAUGGGCAUACUCAAGAUGACCCGGCAGAUAUCGUCGACAAUUUCGGCUCCUUGCAUAUCAGCGAUACGGGUAGAACGAGCUAUUUUGGGCAGGCCACCAGUUCCUGGUACUUCCUGACGAACGAGAAUUCACGAGAACAGGAAUUGGACAACCGGAGAGGCAACCUCCAAAAGUUGCUCUCGCCUGAGAUCCUGGUCAUGGCGAGUGUGCUCCCGAUUGCGUCUCACCUCCCUCCAACACCAGAGUCGGAGUCGAGUCGGCUGGAUCAGCUGCGCUCGCUCUUCUGGUAUCUCCCGCCGGCUGAUGAAGCCAUUGAAUUGCGCCAAAUAUAUUACCAACAUGCAGCCUGGAUGUAUAACCCGGUAUCGCCUGAGGCGUUAAACGAACAGGCCUUCAAUGUCUUCUACAACGUCGCCACGCCACCGCAGCUGGAUGAUCCCCUACUCUCACACCAGCUGGCCCUCAUGUUCAUGGUGUUUGCUAUCGGCAGCCUGAUGGACCUGUCGCGUCCCGCGUAUAAUGCGGAGGCGGAGAAAUACCAUCAACUGGCGCGCGCGGCCCUCUUCCAGAGUCCCGUCUUCGAGGAACCAACCUUGUCCGCGGUCCAAGCAUUGUACCUGAUGGCUUUCUAUCUGUUCCUGUGUGAGCGGCAUGGGACGGGCGUGGGUACCCGGUGGGCGUUCAUGGGUCUUGCGGUCAAACUCAGCGUCAGCAUGGGACUACAUCGUGAUGCUGGGCGAUGGAACUUGGAGCUAACCGACAUCCAGCGGCGUCGGGAGACGUUCUGGGAGGUGUAUUCGUACGACCUGCUACAGUCGUACACUCUCGGGCGGCCACCAUCAUUCUCGCUUGCUCACAUUGACUGCAAGAAGCCUCAAGCAGAGGACCCCAACAAUGAACAGACGUUCCAUUGGUGGAAGCACAAGUUCACGUCUGAGUGCAUGAACUCGAUCUAUGACCAGGCAUUCGGCGCGAAGGUGCCGACGUACAGCACAGUGACACAGUUGGAUCGCCGAUUGCGGUCAUUCCCCGUCCCCGCGCUGCUCCAGAUCGCGGGCUUCGGGACGACAGAGGCGCGCGCGAACAACUUCGCAGACAGUGUUCCCCUUAUCCUGCAACGCCACACCGUCCUCGCUAUCAGGGAGUCGAAUCUCCUGUAUAUGCACCGAGGGUUCUUCGCCCGUGCUAUAAAAGACCACCCGAACGAUCCUCUUGGUAGCCCAUAUGGAGGCUCGUUCAUCGCCGCGUACCGCAGCGCGGGUUCGCUGGUCGCGCUCGUGCGGAAUAUCCACUCACAGCUGAAGGAGCUGACUGAGAGGAUGUGGUUCCUCUGGACACACCUCUUCUCCUGUUCGAUCAUCUUGGGCUCGAUCGUGACACAGUGUCCGGCGAUGAGCCUCGCGCCCUCCGCGCUUGUGCAACUUGACUCAGCAUGCGAGCUCUUCGGAAAGACGGCGCACUUCUUCCAGGCGGAGAAGGCUUUGGAAAUCAUGAGGAACCUGCAGGCAAAGGCCCACGCGAGCCUUGCCGCCUAUCGUAAUUCCCCGCCCCAUGUCAAGGCAUCCCCGACCGAGCCGAUGAUCCCUGCGGAUGCGCAGACGAGCGAGUUGAACAUCCUGGGCGGUCGCACACGCCUCGUUGCGCCAAAGGAGAAGUCGUUGUCCCCGCAGCUAGUGGACAGGUCGCCGACAUCCCUCAACCCGAUCGUCCCGCUGCCGCUCAAGCAGGCGGACUGGCAGGAGGAAAAUGUGCACCCGAGCGUACUGCAGUACCUGCGGACGUUCGUGCCGACGCCCGCACCAAGUCAACAGUCGAGAGGCUGGGCGAACGACCAGUCGAUGGCGGGGCCGUCCAAUAUCGGGAUGCACCAUAUGCAACCGUCGUUCGAACAGCACCCACACUCGCAACUUCCGCACCAGCAACAACCUGACCUCCCUCCCAUCAGCACGUCGUUCGGCCAGGCGACAGAUACGUACCAGCAGCAGCAGCAAGUAGGCAUGAUGCCGAUGGAAGGCAUGAUGCCGUCAUUCCCGCAGUACUUCCCAGUGUUCGACUAUGGGCUCGCUGGGGAUCAAAAUGGGGUGUAUGUGUCGUCGCCGAGCAAUUCGCUGGACGGCGGAGACCCGAGAUCGUAUUCGCCCGAGACCGCGCAGAGUCUGCAGAGUACAUGGCAGGACUUCGUCGCGCAGAUGGGUGGGGCGGUUUGACCUUGGACGAGCGAUGCUGUGUUAGUGACGUCUUUUGCUAUCUACUGUACCGUGCUCCGGUCGCGUCGUUGCUUGUCCGCCUGUCCGCCUGCCCGUCUAGUCUCGGUUCUUUUGGGUUCUUGUAGGGUGUCUUUCUGGAGCUGUAUUCUAAGUACUCAAGUUAAUGGAUCCCUUGAUAUCGUGUUGUGCCUGGUA